AUGACUUCCUGGUUCCCCGACCCUAGGCGAAUCGUCACUGGCCACAACUCAGAGGGCAAAGCCAUUGUUGUUGCCGAUGGCACUAUUCCAUGCCAGCCGACACCGAUCGGGGCCAACUUUGCUGUUUUAUUCGAAACCCACGAGUUUCCCGUGUCCAACGAUGGAUGGGAGGAUCCGACCAAGGUCCGGACCACGGAUUUGGCAAACAACAAGGGAAUCGUCCUGCGAGUUGUCGACAUCCCACCCAAUGUGGAGAAGAUGUUGUUCCAUCGAACCGAAUCGCUGGAUUUCGGCAUUUUGCAUAGUGGAGAAGUUAUUUGCCACCUUGACGACGAUGUCGAAAUCCACAUGAAGGCGGGUGAUGUUUGCGUCCAGCGCGGCACAAUCCACGGUUGGACCAAUAGCACAGACAAGCCGGCGCGCAUUUACUUCAUCUUAUCUGCUGCAAAACCCGUCAACAUCAACGGGCAAUCAUUGACAGCGGUCGGUUACUCCAAGCAUGAAAUCGAGUCUGGAGGGGAAGUCAAAAACUAG